AUGAUUUUGUUCAUCAACACACCUCCUUGGCGACGGACGCAUGCACGUCUAUGCGAGUGCAACAGAGGCCUGUCAUCUUCAAGAAUAGUGACCUGUGCUUUUAGCUCAGCAGUCAGGGCACCAGCCUUCCACACAGGCACCCUGCUGGGAGCAGCAGGUGGCGAGGUGGCGACUCCGCGCUUCACCCAGUAUUUCCGUGGCAGCUUGUCGGGCCUGACGAUCCGCCCGGGCCGCAUUGAAACCCAGAAGGUUAUCUCUUGUCUGCAGGCAUGCAAAGAAGGUCUUGAUAUUAACUCCCUGGAAAGCCUGGCGAAGGACAUCAAGUUCCAUUUUAACCCCGCACAGUCGGUGCUGGUGGUGGAAGGGGAGGACCAAGGCAGUAUCAACACGGCCAUGACUAAAGUGUCCUACAUAAACUCUCGCCAGUUCCCCACGCCAGGCCUUCGACGGCUGCACAUCGCCACCACCGUACUGUGUUUUGGCGAGGACGCGUGUCUCUCCAUCCCGGACGUCAAGGCGGUCGUCGUGGUCCAGCCGCCAAGCGAACCGAGAAUCACCAUCACAGGAUCCAAUCGACUCGUCAGGCCUGCCGCUGACCUUCGGAGCCCAGUGGGCGUGGUGCCUUUCAAGGAGCUCCACCUCACCAGUACAGUAAUGAAGGGCGACGGCUUCGCUGGAUCUCGCAGGCCAGGUGUGACGGAGGUGAUGCACAACUUGGACUACUGCGAUAUCCUGGUGAUCGGGGACGAACUGGACCCAGAAAGAGAGAGCCUACUCAUCCAUCACGGCGCCUUGCUGGGAAAACACCUCGACGCCACCAACUCCACCUCUGGAAUAUCAAUAUAUGGUGUGGACUCCAUGGCCCACUACGAGCAGGCACUGCGUCAGGUGCGCUACAGGAACUGGCGACCUGCCACCUUGACUGAAAGACGGUUCAGACUCACCUGCUCUGAACUCAACGGUCGUUACACCAGCAACGAGUUCAUCCUGGAGGUCAGUGUUCUUCACCACUUGAAGCCCGUGGAACAUGUCAAUCACAUGGCUGCUCAGCCACAGUACCUGAGACCCGUCCAUCACCCACUCAUGAUACACGCUCUUAAUGCCCACAUGUCCGGACCCGCCCCUCCAGCAGCCACGGUCGUUAUCGUGGUGUGUAUCGCCGCCCUGGUGGUGAUGGUGGUGAUCGGCGUGUACAGAAUCCACGCCACUCACCAGGAGGGCUCCAGGGAGGAAGAGGAGGACGCAAAAGAGGCCGAGGUGGACUGGGACAAGUCUGCACUCACCAUCACUGUAAACCCCAUGGAGAACGUGAAAGGAGCUCAGGCUCCUCGUGAAGAGGCGAGCGGAGGGCAGUGCGGGGAGGAGGAAGACGACGGAGAAGAUGUGGGAGGAAUGGCGAGCGCAGAGUCGGAUAACAGCGACGAGGAGGAGGAAGGGCAGAUGGGAAUGGCGAAGGAGCAGAAGUGGGACAGUUCCUUCAUGACAUACUGACCACACACACACACUGAUAAGAAAAUAUACCUGCACAUAAACACACUCAAUAAUCAUUCUGUAGUCUCUCUUCACACUCAUUUCCAAUCAGACAUCUCCCCCUGCUGGACAGAGCUGAAACCGCAGCCUGACUGCUCCAUCUUAUGUUCAGCAUUCAUGACCCAGCAUGGUGUCAAAGGUCAUAGUGCUCCUUCUUUUCCUUUGAUAUUUGCAAUGAAAAUGGUCACGUCAGAUUACUUUUCUAUUCUUUAUUUUUCAAGAUGGUGAAAGACAAUAUCACACGUAUCAGUCCAUGAACAAUGCACUUAUUCGGAAAUAUUAUCUUGUUUUACAAACCCCGUUUCCAUAUGAGUUGGGGAAUUGUGUUAGAUGUAAAUAUAAACGGAAUACAAUGAUUUGCAAAUCCUUUUCAACCCAUAUUCAAUUGAAUGCACUACAAAGACAACAUAUUUGAUGUUCAAACUCAAACUUUUUUUUUUUUUUUGCAAAUAAUAAUUAACUUAGAAUUUCAUGGCUGCAACACGUGCCAAAGUAGUUGGGAAAGGGCAUGUUCACCACUGUGUUACAUGGCCUUUCCUUUUAACAACACUCAGUAAAGGUUUGGGAACUGAGGAGACACAUUUUUGAAGCUUCUCA